AGUAUCUCUUGAGCGGUGGCAGGAGUAGGGUGCGCCGCUCCGUCCAGGCUGCGCGGGGAAGUGUGAGUGCUGGCCGUGCUGGAGCCACAGACAGACCCUCGCAGCAUCAAGUUCUCUAAGCUUAGGGAAGGUUCGCGAGUGUGCUCACCGCGCCCUCUGAUGUGUUGCCUGGCCGCUGCCUCGGAAAUGUGAAGGGACGGGCGCGAGGAAGGGCGCCAGGGAUAGUCUGCCAGAUCCUUCGCGUCGCAGCGGAGACAACUUUUCUUCAAAACAUUUUCCCUUCACAUAAGUUCCGCGCUUACUGGACGAGCACUUUCAAAACUCUUACGCUACUUUCUUUUGGGACUUCAAUUUUAGUCUUCACGUUCCCUCGUUUGUGUAACUUGCAUGACACUGCCUGGUGGUGACGGCCCUGAGCCAAACGUGUGGCUCCUGUCGUUCGAAUGGGGAGCAGCCGAGCAGCCCUGAGAGCGGCAGCGCCAAUCACCACCAGAACGAGGCUCCCUGAUAACCUGUCUCAAGGCCACGCAGCCCUGUGCAACCCAUCAAGUCUGUAACCGCCCUUGCCCCUCACUUCUCUCCCUGCUCCACCUUCCGGCCGCCUGUCACCUCGGAUAUGCCGGCGCUGCUCUGAGCCACAAGUCAACAUGGGAUUCAGGAGGGUGGCUCCCGUGGUUCGCGUGAGUGGGCGUGGGUGGCUCCGUCUUGACGCCCGCCAUGCCGCCCUUACAGCUGCUCUGUACACCAUAGUGGUGUCCGCGGUGGUGGCGGCGCUGUGUGGAUGGCGGCUGCUAGUAAACGGGCGGCAUCCACACCACCUUCAGGAUGUGUAUUACGGUGUGCAGAUCGCCUACCUGGCAACCCUGUGCACACACCUCCGCCCCUCAUUGUGCUCAGCUGCUUCCUCAUCGUGGGGAUAUCCCAGGAGCGGGCGGGGCUGCUGUCGCCGUGGGUGGUGGCGAGCAUCGCGUUCAUGGCGUUGGAGGCUGUGUGUUGCGUGUACUCCAACGUGCUGCGGGACCACAUCAAUAAGAGGUUUGACACGAUAUGCAAGGUGGAGAUGAGCUUCUUCACUGCACGAGUCUUUAUCAACAUUCUGGCCUUGUGGGGAGUUUUGAAGUUCUACAGGAACCUCCGCGCUGGCUUCACCUACAAGGACCCCGAAGCCAUAGAGUUGUAGAGGAAGUCACGAGGCCAGCCAGCAGCGAGGUACAUGAAGGAGGCUGUAGCAGUUCAGAGGGGAAGCACAUAAUACAGCUGGACCUUUACGAGAUGGUAAGAAGCCUGAGUGACGCAAAGAGGACCUACUUCCUUAUUCUCCUACACGCCGGCCACUCAGCCUAUCAUCAAGCGAGCGACCCAGCCAGUCAGCGACCCAGCCAGUCAGCCAACCAGUCAGCCAGCCAGUCGGCCAGCUAGACAGCCAGCCAGCACUUUGCCCAAGCUAACAGAGAUAAACAACAUCCCCUGUUCAUUAAUCCAGCGAGUCAACACACACCCCUAAAAAGUUAGCCACGUUGCAGGUCAGUCAUCCAGUUACGAGUAGGAAGUCGCGCGCCGCUGAGUCCUCCGUGGCCAGUGUAGACAUGGAGCGAGUCACUGUCUGGAAGGUAACAACGCACACGGACUAUGAAGGAUACGAGUAUUUAAAGUUGAAAUACGCAAUUGUUUGCGAGCACGAAUACUCAGCGUCAAAAUAAAAAUGUAAAAAAAAAAAUGUAUUAAGUAUUUGGAUAAACAAGUCGCUUCACUCUUUUCUCUCUCUCUCCGAGGCUCAGAGAGAUUAGACAGUCCCCUGUGUGUGUGUCUGUGUGUGUGUGUGUGUGUGUGUGUGUGUGUAAAGAAAACGGUGGCUCUACUCGCCUGCGUCAUAACGAAGGAAGACACGCGGAGCAUCGCGGAGCAGUGCAAGUCUUCGCGUCACCUUUCUGGUAAAGACAACAACUUUUGGUGACUGAAACAAAAUAACAUGUUUGCGGCAUCCACAGUCUGCAUUGUGCGUAUCAAGGCUGACAUCUACGUAUAAGCAUCGGUGUAAGUACUCAUAUACACUACUAACCUAAGUUGCAGAGUAAGAAAGUGGAAAAAAAUAUAUAUCAAAAUAUUGUGUAUAUGUGUGCGUGUCUUUAUGAUCUGCAUAUAUUGAACGAUUCACAAUACGUCAAGAAGUGACAAGUAAAUUGAGACAGACAAUAUAUUUUACUUAUUUGUAAGAAAUAAAACUGUACAUAUA